GGUCAGGUGUGGUCAGAGGAGCUUCAGUGUAGAGGCAACGAAUCUCAGAUUCACUUCUGUCCAUCAUCUUCACUCAAACACAACUGCUCUCAUGUCAGUGAUGUGGGACUGGUGUGUGAAGAAAGUGUGAGGUUGGUGGGUGGAGGCAGUCGCUGUGCUGGGAGAACAGAGGUUCUUCAUAGAGGACAGUGGGGAACAGUUUGUGCUUAUGGUGGGAAUGUAAUCGCAGGUGUGGUGGUGUGUAGACAGUUGGACUGUGGGGAGCCAGUGAGUAUUGAUCUUGCUGUAGGAGGAUCAGGACCGAUCUGGAUGAGUCAUGUGGACUGCAGUGGAUCAGAGUCUACACUGAAACACUGUGGAUCACUGGGAUGGGGCAAACAUGGCUGUAACCAUAACAUGGAUGCAGAAGUUAUCUGUUCAGGUCACAGAAAGUCCAGACUUACUGAUGGUUUUCAUCCAUGCUCUGGAAGAGUGGAGGUGCUUCAUGGAAAGAGCUGGGUCACGGUGUGUGAUGCUGACUUUGACCAGCAGGAUGCAGAGGUUGUGUGUCGAGAGCUGGGCUGUGGGCUUCCUGUGGAGGUGUUGGGAGCAGCUGCUUUUGGCAGAGGGGAGGGUCAGGUGUGGUCAGAGGAGCUUCAGUGUAGAGGGAAUGAAUCUGAGAUUUCUCUAUGUCCAACAUCAUCUUCACUCAAACACAACUGCUCUCAUGACAGUAACAUUGGGCUGAUAUGUUCUGGUCACACUCAGGCUCAGCUGAUGAACAGCUCUGACUCCUGUUCUGGUCGAGUGGAGCUCCAGUACCUCAGUUCCUCUCUGGCGUUUCAUGAAGGACGAGUGAGGUUGUCUGGAGGGAUGGAGUGUGAGGGAGAGGUGGAGGUGUACUUCAUGCAGGACUGGAGGAGAGUUCUGCUGGACUCCUGGAGUGAGUCUGAGGCCUCUGUGGUCUGCAGACAGCUGGGCUGUGGCUCUGUGUUCAGCUUCUCCAGCUCCUCUACAUCCAGUCCUGAACGCAGUCACAUGUGUGUGACGGGUUUCAAUUGUUCUGGGAGUGAAGCUCAUCUGAGGAACUGCAGCAGUGCACAAGCAGUCAACUGCAGCUCCAGAGAACAGCUCUCAAUCACUUGCUUGGCUCACAGCUCCAUCAGGCUGGUUGGUUCUGGGGGAGACUGUGCAGGAAGGCUGGAGGUUUUCCACAAUGGCUCAUGGGGAACAGUGAGUGAUGACUUGUGGGAUAUUGAGGAAGCACAGGUGGUGUGCAGACAGCUGCAGUGUGGAGUGGCCCUCAGUGCUCUGGUACCAGCCUGGUUUGGACCUGGAACUGGACCCAUAUGGCUGAAUGAGGUGGAGUGUGAGGGGAAUGAGACGUCCCUGUGGAACUGCAGGUUUCAGCUGUGUGGAAAGGAUGAAUGUGGACACAAGGACGACAUAGGAGUCGUGUGUUCAGAGUUUAAAGAGAUCAGACUCACUGAGGGCUGUCAGGGGAAUCUGGAAGUGUUCUACAAUGAAACCUGGGGUAAUGUGUGUGUAAAUGGGAUGGAUGAAGAAACAGCAAGUUUGAUCUGUCAAGAGUUGAACUGUGGAAGAUCUGGCAGUUUGAGCCAAGACAAAGCAAGAGUGCAAUCAGCUCCUAACUGGCUGGAUGAUCUGAAAUGUAGGAAGCAUGACUCCACUCUGUGGCACUGUCCAUCUUCACCCUGGGGACAGAACAACUGUGAUAAUAGUGAUGACGUGGCGCACAUUACUUGCUCAGGAGAGAAAAGACGCAUUGCACUACAAAACCAACUGAAAUGCUCAUUUCCCAACCAGAGACAAUGCUCAAAUCAGCUGCAUCUCAGACUGAGAGGAGGAAAUGGAAUCUGCUCAGGGAGGCUGGAGGUGUAUCAUAACACUGAGUGGGGCUCAGUUUGUGAUAAUCAGUGGGACAUCAAGGAUGCUCAGGUGGUCUGCAGGCAGCUGGGCUGUGGGCCGGCGCUGAGUGCUGGUAGGAGUGCUGUCUUAGGUGCUGGUGAAGGGCCUAUCUGGCUGAACAGAGUGAAGUGUAGAGGGACUGAGAUUCACCUGUGGGACUGUCCUCAUUCCCUGAAGAACCACACAGACUGUUCCCACAGUCAGGACGCUGGAGUCACCUGUACAGUGUUUGUCCAGAAUAUUCUUGGAAGGGUUCAGCCUGCGCCGCCUGCUGCCAGCAGAGGGCGAUGGAAGCAAGACCUAUCUGUAUCCUCCACUGUUACAUCCAAAGUAACAACCAUUACCAUCACAGCUGGUCAGACAGAGAAAGGAGCAGUCAUUCCUCCACAAACUCCAAUAUCAAUCUAUCCAGUGUCUCUCCUGGUUCUGGGAGUGCUGCUCUUCCUGGCCUUAGGGCUUCUGUUUGUGCUGUUUUACCGGAACAGAGUUCUUAUGAGAGUGCUCUCUAAGAGGACGCAAAAGACUCUGCCGGAGGCAGUCUAUGAGGAGAUUGACCAGCGACUGCUCAGUAAAAGAAAAACUCAAAGGGGAAGUGUCCUCUCUGAAGAACAGCAUUCAGGAUAUGAGGAUGUGGAUGAGAAGCUUCUCUCAGCAAAGGCUGUGAAUGAGGAAGAAGCUGAAUAUUAUGAUGACGCCUCCACCAGUGGCCUGAAAAGUGAGAUGGGAAGAGAAAACACCCCAGAGAGCUAUGAUGAUGUCAUGACUGCUGGUCAGACACCAGAUAGAUUUGCAAAGAACAAGACAGAAAUCUAUGAUGAUGCCAUUUCUGCUGGAGAGAAUCCACACAUUACAACAGUGUACACACCCGAGAGCUAUGAUGAUGUCAUCACUCCUGGGCAGGAUUUAAGAGGAGCAGCAGACUACGAUGACGUAGGAGGUAUCUGAGAAAGAGGGAUAGACCAUCAGACAGAGAGCCAAACAAUGCAUCUGCUCAGGUUCAACAGACGUUCUGUUGUUCUUUUUAUUGUUUUUGUUUUUUUGUUUGUUUUCCCAAGAUAUCAUCCAUAUACUUUUGUGAAAGUACUUGUU